AUGGGAUACCCCUUUCCCAGUAUCAUGUCACCCCUCCAUCCCUGGCUGCCGUUCAGCAAACCUUCCCAACGAGGUCAGGGCCUCCCUGACUUGGUGCCGGAUCCAAACUACGUCCAGGCCUCCACCUACGUCCAGAGAGCUCACCUCUACUCCCUGCGCUGCGCCGCGGAGGAGAAGUGCCUGGCCAGCACCGCCUACACCGCCGAGGCCACUGACUACGAUGUGCGGGUGCUGCUGAGGUUCCCACAGCGGGUGAAGAACCAGGGCACAGCGGACUUUCUUCCCAGCCGUCCCCGGCACAGCUGGGAAUGGCACAGCUGUCACCAGCACUACCACAGCAUGGACGAGUUCAGCCACUAUGACCUCCUGGAUGCCACCACGGGGAGGAAGGUGGCCGAGGGCCACAAGGCCAGCUUCUGCCUGGAGGACACCACCUGCGACUUUGGGAACUUGAAGCGCUAUGCCUGCACGUCGCACACCCAGGGCUUGAGUCCGGGUUGCUACGACACCUACAAUGCCGAUAUCGACUGCCAGUGGAUCGACAUAACAGACGUGCAGCCGGGGAAUUAUGUCCUAAAGGUCCAAGUGAACCCCAAAUAUAUCGUCCUGGAGUCUGACUUUACCAACAACGUGGUGAGGUGCAAUAUUCACUACACGGGACGCUACGUUGCCACGACAAACUGCAAAAUUUCCCAAUCUUGAUCUGAGCAGGGCUGGAGGGAUGCCAUCUGCCUCAGCCUCCCAAGCUCUGCUUCCCUCUCGAGAAAGCAUGUGAGAUGGCCUCCUCUGCGACACAAGGGGCCGCGGGGCCCAUCAGCUGGUCCUCCAGCCUGCAGCUCCUCGAGACCAAAAAUAGAAACCACCAAAAAGUCAUUGCUUAAUAUUGAAAUGAAUGGAAUGAGAGUGACUAUUUUAAAUAUUUUUAUACUUCACUUUUCUUUAAUCUUCAUCAUUUUUGUUGUUUUCCGUUUCCUCCUGGAAGCCAAUGAUAAAUUUUAGCUGGAAUAAAGGAAGGGUUGUUAUUUGGCAAGCCGGGCCGGUAUGCUGUAGAUCACAUUUAGCAGUAGAGAGCUCUGUAGUCUAAACCAUGCCCUUCUGCAUUUCUGGGCGGGGGAUCUCUAGUGAUGCUGUAAACCCCAUACCACCUCCUCGAGGUAAGAAAACAGCUGUGAUUCGGGGGUGCUUCACUGUCAGAGCUGCCAAAUCCCUCUAGUCGUCUGCUGGCGGUUGGGACGCUCCUGAGGCCAUAACAGGGUGCUUGGUCCAAACAGAGCGCCUACUCUCAGUGAUUGCAACAUCACUACGUUACGGUUAUUGUACUUUCAGAGCAGCCACGACCAAGACCUCCAUGGACAGGUGCUUUCUGGAAAUGGCACGGAACCAGCCCCCGUCUGCAGAAGUCACCCCAAAGCAAGGUGCUGUCUCUGCUAGCCAGAGCUUUCCCCUUCCUGGGGCUGCCUCUGGCCUGCAGUGGUGCUGGUGUAGUCAAGAGCCAAAGCUGCUGGGCGAUUUAAUGUAUAUUGAGUCACCUGGGAAUCUGGCCAGCUUAACAGGGG